CUGUGGCACACACGCGCAGAGCAGAGCGAGGCGGCGGCUGCAGCAGCAGCCUGCAGCCCACAGUCUCGGAGCAGCACGCAGUAGCAGAGCACCAGCAUGGCGGGGCUGCGCUACCCGCAGCAAGGCAGCUACUGCCGCGCAGCCACGGCCAUGAACCUCUUGUUAGGCGUCUUCCAGGUCCUCUUACCCUGCUUUCGCCCGGGAGAAGCACAGGGCCAAGCUAUUGACCCAAUCCCCAGCGUGGUGGAGCUGUGGCAAGCUGAAGAAGGGGAACUGCUGAUGCCCACUCAGGCUGAUUCUGAGGAGGAUGUGGAAGAGCAUCCACAAGAGCAAAGCUUCUCAGCAAGGAUACCUAAUGGGAAGGCCUUACAUUUUCAUCCCUCGGGUCUGCAUUUCGGAAUGCAGUUACUGGGACUGCCCAGAUCUAAAGUGCUGUAUGCUUACAACCCUAGUAGGGAUAGAGAAGUUGUAGUGAAUUCAGUGUUUACAGCUACUAGACAUUUUCAUGUGUCUCCUGUUCAUCGCAGGGUGAUUCCAGCAAUGGGAAAAAUUUCUUUCAGAGUCCUCUUUCUGCCAACAGAGGAAGGCAAUAUUGAAAGUUCAUUAUUUAUAAAUACCUCAUCUCAUGGAGUACUUUCAUAUCAGGUAUUUGGAAUGGGAUCUCUGGGAACCUCUCCAGAAGAUUCUAACAAGCAGCUAGUGAAUACCUGUUUACUGCUUCCAAGUAUCCAAAACAUCCAGAUUUCACCAACACUGGCAGAAACUACGAAUGCCAGUCUCUUACAAGUUCAUCUUGAAUGCAGUUUACAUAACAAUAUGUGCCAACAACUUAAGAGUUGCUGUUUUAUGUCUGACGAUGCAGUGCUGCUAAAAAUGAGCUUAGUACUAAGAAUGGAAAACUCCCAACAGGAAUUUGUGGAUCACAGACAGUACUUACUGGAGAAUCUUUUUGUAGUUUAUGUAGCAAUGGACAAAACUGAGACCUCAGAUGAUUCCACAGUAAACAUGUAUGUAUUGCAUUCAGGGAACAACGUUUUACAUAUACAGGACAUACAGCGUUUCUCACAAAAAGAUACAUCAUCUGUGCAGUUUGAGCCAACACAACUUCCUUCUUCAACCACAAAUUUUACAAAAGUUGCUUCCAUUGUUUGUAAAGCUGCAUCAUGUAACAAUGAAAGCCAUUAUACUAGUGAUGUGAAGAUGAAUCCAUUAGAAGGCACCACAACACUAAAAGCAUGUCUUUCCCAUCCUGUGAUGGAAGGGUAUUUUGGCGUUGACCCUUCUGCAGCAUUAUUUCACAUAGAGCCACAUCACAACACUUCAGGAUUUUGGUCUAUAUGGUUUACAAACAAGUUUGACUUUAGCAUUGAACUAAAUGAUGUCUUUGUAGCCAGAGAGACUAAGAACAUUUUAAAGAUUCUGAACUUCACUGAACCCUUGACUCUACCUCCAGGCUGUUGGAAUGUAUUUUCUUUGAAGCUCAGUGUCAAAGACACUGUAAUAAAUGUAUUUUCUAAUGUAUUUUUGGCUACAAAUGUAGGAGUGAUGUUUGCGAUACCUCUACGGAUUUAUUCAACUCUGUCCAAGGGGGAUCUUCAUUUUGAAGCCAUAGCACAUUGUGAUAUACACUGCUACUUGGGAAAGUCUGAUACAGCAAAUCUGUUUUGGAAAGGGAGUUUGUCUCUGGACCAUUCUACGUGGAAUGUGGAUUCUGAGCUUGCAAGUGAGCUUUAUGAAAGAUGGCAGAAAGUAAAACAUGGGGAAGCCUGCAGGAGGAAUUUUUUGGGAAUGACUCUCAUUGCUCACCAUAAGAAGCCUGAAGAGGAGGAGUCAUUUGCUUUCUUUUUGCCACGUUUGAUUACAGAGCCUGGCCUGACACUAAACUUUAGUGCAACUGCACUUAAGAAUAGUAUGGUAAAAUAUUUUGUGCUAAGAAACCCCUCAUCCUUCCCAGUUACGCUACAACUUCUGCCUCUGUCUUACUAUCCUGAUCCCCAAGCAUCACUGAGUCUGCUCAGCAAAUGGUUUGGCACAAAUGUGCAAGCUAUUAAUUUCACAACCACUGAAUUUAGGCUCAUGGAGGAGUAUGCACACAGGCAGGAUGCACAUCAGGAGGACCUUACUAACAUGAAAUCCAGUUCUGAGGUGCUUCAGUUACAUUUGCAACCAUUGGAAACCCGAAGGAUUGGUGUAGUUUUUACACCAGUUGACUACAAAAGAGUAGCAUCCCUUAUAUUAAUCAGAAAUAACUUGACUGUUCUGGAUGUGGUCAAUGUAGAAGGCUUUGGAGCCAGAGAAUUAUUAAAAGUAGGUGGAAGACUGCCAGGUGCAGGAGGGUCACUUAGAUUUAAGGUGCCAGAAGCUACACUCAUGGACUGCAGACGACAACUGAAAGACAGCAAGCAAAUUUUAUCUAUCACAAAGAAUUUCAAAGUGGAGAAUAUUGGGCCUCUUCCUAUAACUGUAUCAUCUAUGAAGAUUAAUGGGUACAGUUGCCAAGGAUAUGGGUUUGAAGUGUUAGAUUGUCAGGAAUUUUUCCUGGCUCAGAAUUCUUCGCGAGAGAUCAGCAUUGUGUUUACCCCUGAUUUUACUUCUUCGUGGGUAAUCCGUGAGCUUACUUUGGUGACUGCUGCUGAUGUAGAGUUCCACUUCACACUCAACGUGACCCUUCCUCACCAUUUGUUACCCUUGUGUGCAGAUGUGGUGCCAGGACCUAGCUGGGAAGAGUCUUUCUGGAGGCUCACAGUUCUCUUUGUUAGUUUGUCCCUAUUGGGUGUGAUUCUAAUAGCCUUCCAACAAGCACAGUACAUUUUAGCAGAAUUCAUGAAAUCAAGGCAGAGACCAAAUCCCAAUUCUUCAUCACAGCAAAACAGCAAUCCUGUGGAUAUAAUCAGCUCCGAUUCCUACAAGGGCAGCUGCAAGACCUUUAUGGAUUCCUGUGGCACCUCUGAUAAAGGCAAAGGAAAAGGCUUCCUUUCUGUAGGCACUCCAUCCAGCCGAAGCCAGAAUGCUGCAAAGAGAAGUCCAGCAACCUAUAGCCACUCUCAGAAGAAACAUAAAUGUUCUGUUUACUACAGUAAACAAAAAACAAACACAGUAACUGGCAGUGGCAUUACAACUACUGAUGAAAAGCAGAAUCAGACUGUAGAGAACCAAAUCUCAGCACCAAAAGAGGACAUUUGCACUGACAUUGUUAGUGAGAACUGGCUACACUUAAAAUAUGCAAAUGGCAUAAAUGUAAACAUGCAGAAGAAUUUAACUCUUCCAGGAAACUUUCUGGAUAAAGAAGAAAGUGCACUAAAAAAUACAGUUCUCAUGGAAAGUACUUCUUCAGAGUGUGAUUUGAAGGAGGAUCUUCAAGCAUGUGUGUUUCCUAAGGAAACUAACCUUACAACUUCAGAAAAUAUAACUGAGCUCAAAGAACAGGAGUUCUGUCCUCUGAAGACAUCUAAGAAGCUACCCGAAAGUCACUUGUCAAAUUCACCUCAGCAACAGCCAGAAUUGCAAGACAUUUCCAGGAAAAAUAAUGGGAAUAACCAGCAAGUGCCUCUCAGGAAUGAAAUAGAAAACUGUGAGACUUUGAAAAAGCAGAUUAACACAAAGCCUUCCACUGAGAAAAAGAUUAGUAAAGGCCCUAAGGAGGAUACACCAUGCUGUGGAAAACAGGAACUUGCUUCAGUUGAGCAAGAAGAGGCUUAUAGGAAGAAGAGAUCUCAGGAGAAAAGAGAAGGCAAUUUAUCAAAUAUAAGUUGGAAUAGAAAUAGAACAUCUAGAAAAAACAAGAAAAAGAAUGUUAAUAUAUCUCCAAGGUGUGUGCUGCAUCCUUGGACAAUCACAAGUUUUAUUACACCUUGUUGAAACUGAAAAUGCUUU